UGACGGCAGAGCGCAGACUCAAUCCCCGCUGCAGUUCACUGCGUUUCCGUAGCCACUUUGCUACCCGCUGAGCCCUGGUUGGGGAAGGAGCUGGCGGAAACGAUUGAUCCCGGUCGACUAAACGCCAAAGCUGGCAACAUAAAUGGCGCAUUAGGGCUGCUAUCGGAAGGGACUCUCUAAACCAAUGUUCGUGACUCGGACGCUUUUGGAGAAUGCGUUGGCAACACCCUCCGUAACAUGUGAGAUGUAUACAGAAAGGUAUUAUCUGUGCGUUAUUUCGGCUAACUAGCUAGCAGCUACCCCCUUCUCUGUAUCCAAUUUAUGGUAGCUCGCUUGAUCUGUUUUCUCAACCGUCGCUUGUGUACCGGAGGAAAAUGAAGAAGUUUAAUAUUCGGAAGGUGCUGGACGGCUUGACAGCGGCUUCUUCCUCCUCCUCCGCAAAUGCUCAGCCGGGUACUCCCAGGGAAAACGAUGUUGUCCAGGAGACUUUACAGUCGGAACAUUUCCAGCUUUGCAAGACUGUGCGUCAUGGCUUUCCAUAUCAACCAUCCUCAAUGGCUUUUGACCCCGUACAGAAAAUCUUGGCCAUUGGGACUCAGGCUGGAGCUUUGAGGCUCUUUGGCCGUGCAGGGGUGGAGUGCUACUGUCAGCACGAGAGCAACGCUGCUGUCAUCCAGCUCCAGUUCCUGAUCAACGAGGGGGCGCUGGUGAGUGCCUUAGCUGAUGACAGCAUCCACCUGUGGAACCUGAGGCAAAAAAUCCCUGCUAUCCUGCAUUCGCUCAAGUUUAACAGGGAGAGAAUCACAUACUGCCACCUGCCCUUCCAGAGCAAAUGGCUGUACAUCGGCACAGAAAGAGGAAACAUCCACAUUGUCAACGUGGAGUCCUUCACUCUCUCAGGCUAUGUUAUUAUGUGGAACAAAGCCAUCGAACUAUCCACCAAGACACACCCAGGGCCUGUUGUGCACAUCAGUGAUAACCCCAUGGAUGAGGGCAAGCUUCUGAUUGGAUUUGAGUCCGGGAUAGUAGUGCUGUGGGAUUUGAAGUGCAAAAAAGCUGACUACCGCUACAAUUAUGAUGAGGCAAUCCACUCAGUCGCCUGGCACCAUGAGGGCAAACAGUUUGUUUGCAGCCACUCCGAUGGCACUUUGACCACAUGGAAUGUACGAACCCCAGCCAAGCCCGCACAGAUCAUCACACCACAUGGAAAGCAGCCUAAGGAUGGAAAAAAGCCAGAACCAUGCAAGCCUAUCCUGAAAGUGGAAUACAAAACAACAAGGGCUGGGGACCCAUUCAUGGUGCUGUCUGGAGGUCUGUCUUACGAUACAGUGGGGAGGAGAGCCUGUCUGACUGUGAUGCACGGAAAGAGCACUGCUGUUCUGGAGAUGGACUACCCGAUUGUGGAUUUCCUAACGCUGUGUGAAACUCCAUAUCCAAAUGACUUUCAGGAGCCUUAUGCUGUGGUCGUCCUUCUUGAGAAAGAUUUAGUUGUAAUAGACCUCGGACAGAUUGGGUAUCCCAUAUUUGAAAGCCCUUAUCCUCUGACUAUCCACGAGUCACCGGUGACCUGCUGCGAGUAUUUUGCUGACUGUCCUGCUGAAGUUAUUCCUGCACUUUACUCUGUCGGCUGUCGGCAAAAGAGGCAAGGUUACAGUAAGAAGGAAUGGCCCAUUAGUGGGGGAAACUGGGGCCAAGGCACACAGACUUACCCUGAGAUCAUAAUCACAGGACAUGCUGAUGGGUCAAUCAAAUUUUGGGAUGCUUCUGCACUAAUGCUUCAAGUGCUGUACAAGCUGAAGACUGCCAAGGUGUUUGAGAGGGCUCGUGGAAAGGAGGAGAAGCCAAACACGGAUAUAGUAGAUGAGGACCCAUUUGCCAUCCAGACCUUGUCCUGGUGUCCCGAGAGCCGGAUGCUUUGCGUGGCUGGUGUAUCGGCUCAUGUUAUUGUCUAUAGGUUCAGCAAACAAGAAAUUACCACUGAAGUUGUUCAGCUCUUGGAGGUGCGAAUGCAGUCUGAGUUUAGCGACGUGGACUCUCCUGACCCAGGAGGAGAGCAGACCCCCACCCUGCCAACCCCGGGAGCUUCCUCCAGCCCUCAGGAGAGUGAGCUUCCCACUCAGCCAUCAACAGGGAGCAACUCCUCUGACGGCCCCCGAGACAAUAUACCAUGUCUACAGAUGCGGAGCUCCCCACUGAAGCAGUCUCCGGGCUACCAGGUGGAACUGGUGAUCCAGCUGGUGUGGGUGAGUGGGGAGCCACCUCAGCAGAUCACCAGCCUGGCAAUCAAUUCCUCCUAUGGGCUUGUUGUAUUUGGAAACAGUAACGGUCUGGCUGUGGUGGACUACCUCCAGAAAACCCUGCUUUUCCAUAUGGGCACAUCAGAGCUGUACAGCCCAUCUGACCCCUUUCAGAGGCAGCCUCGCUCCCCACGUAAAGCAAAGCCUUCCGGAGCGAUUUGUGAUUCCAACGAUGGGUCCAAUGCCUCAGAGGACCGCUGCAGAUCACCUACUUCAGGCUCUACCUCACCCUGCAAUUCAGAUGAUGACAAAAAGCAGAAGUUCAUAGAGAAGGUGAAGUUGAAAAGCAGGCGCUUUUCCAAGACGGUUGCCAAUGACUUUGCCAAGAUGUCACGGAAAAUUAGCUCGUCUAGUGAGCCAAAGACUGACCUGGAAAAGGGUGGGUUCCAACGAAGGCGCACUCAGACAUGUAAGAAGCAGUUGUGUUGUGUGAAAAGAACGGCAACAGCCAGGAUGAACCUGAAGGAGGACCUCUGUAGAACUAAGUCAGACCCCAUUUUCUAUGCCAAGGAUAACUCAUUCACCCGCUCACGCAGUUCAAGUGUAACCAGCAUAGACCGAGAAUCUCGAGAGGCCAUCUCCUCCUUUUACUACUGUGAGAGUUUUCCAAGGAAGACAGACAGCCUGGUCAGCCCCUGUCUGCUGGUGGGGACCACCCACGGCUCGGUGAUGAUGGUGGCCCUCAACCUGCCACCCGCUGGAGACCAGAGGUUACAGCAGCCAGUUGGCAUUGCGUCUUGCGGCACCCUGGUCAAGCUCAAAGGAGGCAUUUUAACUAUGUCCCUGCUGGAUGCAACUGGAACUCUGCUGCCCCCUUCAUUUGAGCAGUGGUAUGACCCAAAUGCUUCAGAUGAAGAAAAAGAGAAGGGUCGGAAGCGAAGGCCAGCCUCUCCUCCCUCGUCACAGGAGAGCCAGGAUACUCACUUUGCCAUACUGUGUUCGGAGAAACAGGCCAAGGUGGUGGCCCUGCCCUCCCAAACCCGCAUCUACAAACACAGCAUCACAGAGACCUCCUUCGUGCUGAGGGCUGAUGUUGUGCAGAUGGCUGGGGCUAACUGCAUCGCCUGUUUCUGUGCUAAUGGGCAUAUAAUGACUCUGAGUUUACCCAGUCUACGGCCUCUUCUGGAUGUCAACUACCUGCCGCUCACAGACAUGAGGAUAGCUAGAACAUUCUGCUUCUCCAACCUGGGUCAGGCUUUGUAUCUCACCUCCCCUACUGAGAUCCAAAGGAUCACCUACAGCCAGGAGACCUGUGACAACUUGCAGGAGAUGCUCAGUGAGUUAUUUACCCCAGUGGAGACACCAGAGGCUCCAAAUAGAGGUUUCUUCAAAGGCCUUUUUGGGGGAGGAGCUCAGUCUCUGGACAGGGAGGACCUCUUUGGAGAAACAGCUGCAGGUAAGGCGUCUCGUAGCCUGGCGCAGCACAUCCCUGGCCCAGGCAACAUGGAAGGCAUGAAGGGGGCCGCAUCGGGAGUUGUGGGAGACCUUGCCCGUGCCAGAAUAGCUCUGGACGAGAGAGGGCAGAAGCUGGGCGAGCUGGAGGAGAGAACAGCAGCCAUGAUGGCCAGCGCAGAGUCCUUUUCCAAACAUGCGCAUGAUAUGAUGCUGAAAUACAAAGAUAAAAAGUGGUACCAGCUCUGAUGGCAGCGUGUGGAGCAUCGGACUCUGUAAUUUCACACACCAGUAUCUCUGAGGAGCUGCAGGUCCCUCUACUUCUCUUCUCUAUUUCUCUCCACGGGGGAGUUAUGCGCAAAAGAAUUGUGCUUUUUUUUUCUUCUUUCUUUUUCUUUUUCCCUCAGCGUAAUAUUAUCUCUCUGCAUUACCUCAGUCACCUGAGGACCUCUGCAGAGCAGACACUGUCCAGUGCAAUGCAAUGAAGGAUGGAAAGAGGAAAGAAAUGGAAGAAGAGAAGCUCUUAGGAGAGACUCAUUCCAUUUUCACCUGAGAGUGAUGAUGUUCAUUUAACAUCAGUCCACACAGUAGGAGAAGAGAGGACCUUUCAUAUAUCCAUCAGGCAUAUAUAAAAAGAUAUAAAGUGCUGUUCUUUUAGCCUGACUGCAUUUGGUCAUUCUCUGCCCUUUAUGGUGUCUGCCAAACACAGUGGACUUAAAUGAGGAGGAAAGUCUGAUGACCCCUUGUCCUUCAAAUCUAAUCAACUAAAUGAACGUGCAAGUUUCUGUAGUAAUGAUUAAAUCACUGAAGGACUUGUGUUUGUUUUUCUGUCUAAAUUAUUUUGGAGUUUGUCUUUUUGCAUCUGUAAGUAUGGCUUAUCUUUCUUUUUUUAAUAUAUUGUUUUUGUCUAGAAAGGGCCUUUGAAGUGCUUAGAAGAGUAAAUAAAUGGGCCGGGAGAUUCUGAAUCUAUUGCCUCUCACCAAAUAAGGGCUGGUAGUACACUAGUUCAUCACCGACCAUACCUUUUUACAGCUUUUACCAAGCAAGUGGGUUUUGGGUGAGAAAGACGAAUGGUGAAUUUAUGGAAUCACUCUGUUUUAUUUUUAAAUGUAAUUAUUUAUGGGAAGCGAAUAAUAGUUGGGGAGUAAAUGAAGUUGGGCAUUAAGUUUUAUUUUGUUUCUUCUAUUAAAUGCGAAAAAGCAAGUGCUGAAAAUGUUUACCCCAAUAACGAGUUUACAUUGACCUAUCAUAAAAAUGAAUUGAUAAGAGUGUAUACACUGGAAAAUCCCUGAAGAGCUUAUUUUCUUCAGGCUUUCAAGGGGCUAUAGCAAAGUCAUGUAUGAGAAGGAUGAUGUGUUGAUGGGCAAGGCUAAGAUUGCCCUUAAUAUAAUUACAUAUAUAUAUAUAUAUAUAUUUUGGUUACAAAUUUAAGUUUUACCUGUCUUAAAGAUGUAUCUAUAUAUGAUCAUUCAAAUUUUUAUUGGCAUACAUUUGUAGCUGAAUUUUUUUUUUCUUUCUUUUUUUCGGUCUUGUUUCUCAAUGUGUAGGUAAAAAAAGCAUGUGUCUCUUACAGCACAAUGGAAGUGAUAACGCUGUGUUUGUAUCUGUAGCUGCCAGUAGAAAUGACCAAGCACAUACACGUGUUCCACGCAGUGCCGUUGGUCAUCUCUCUCUGAACCAUUAACUUAAAAAAAACUGUUUCUGCCUUUGCCUCAUGACGCAUAUAUGCUAACCUCUACCUACGUGUAUAUCUGUGUCUUUGUAAACAUACAUAUAUUCAGGAAUAUGUGUAUGGGCGCCAAUGUCUAUAUAACAAUAUAUUGACCUAUGUACUACAAUAGGUCUUUUGAGGUUUUUGUUUUUGCUUGACAGUGUUUUUCAAUGUGAUUAACCGGAAUCCUAUUGUAAUUAGAUUAGAUUUCUUUUUCAUGAGGUGUGAGGAUAUGCUGCUAUUUGUGUCAAUAUAGGAGCAUUAUCUGUCGGGCUUUUAUUUUGAAAAGAGGGGACAAGACUUUGUCAGUUCAGUUUGCUGCCAAAUGUUGUAUAUAGCGCAACAGCUGGACACAAAUCUGACAGUGCGGGUUCAGGUAAUGUGACAUACCGUAUGCUUGCGGCCAUGUUUUUUUUCUGACACCAAAGAGUUGCUUAAUUUCACAAAGUUGUCUUGAUUCAUUUUUCCCCAGGCGUUAAGAGUCAGUCAGGAUAGUUUGAUGACACUCUUAAGAAAUCUUCUGUGUGUAAGGGGGCGGGGUUUAGGGAGGAGAUUGGCUUUGCUUCGUCUUAUGGGCUUGACACCUUCAUUACUGCCCCAAACUGCUGGACACGUGUAAAGUAAACCAGAGGAGUUUCAUUCCAAAAUGGGAUAUCCAGCAAUGGAAAUGGAAAUUGACUGAAUACUUGAUCCUAGAAACUGCUAGGAGGUUUGAAACCUCUUUUUAUUUCUGUGUUAAAUCACUGAAAUAAAGAAAACGUACCUAGAAAACAUUGGAUGAGCAGUUGCAAUAUGGAGAUACGGCAUUUUCGAAUAAAACCCUUCACUUUUAGAUGGCUGAUUUUUAAAUCUACUGUAUACUAUUGAGAUAAACCCAUUUGGAAGAGCAGUUAUGUGGGUUUUGCACUAUUUUUUGUACUUAAAAUGAUUUUGUUAGUAUGAUUUUUUUUUUUUAAGUGUUGAUUCCUCUGUCCCAUUUUCUUAUGUUUCAAAGGACCAAAACAUGACAGAACCUAUGCUUAUUUAUGUAAUUUGCCAAUUAUGCUGAUUUCUUCACUCUCAGAUUUGUUUUCCAUGUCAACAUUAAUGUCCAAGCUAUGGCUGUGCAUAAAUAUCCAUCAUCCAGACAUGACAGUGAACGUUUUCUGGUAUAUAUUUAACACGCUCAUCUCAGAUUUAAGCUUUUCUCCUGCAGAACGAACCAUCCUCCUUUGAGUGAGCCGCUGAGUCUUUUUACAAAGUGUGGCCUCAACUUUAAAGUGCUUCAGUUUGCAACAUAUGUCCUAAAUGGUCUCUUAUUGCACAUUGAAGGAUGCAUGAUAUUAAGUGUUUACAAACUUGAAACAACCAUGUAUUAUCCCCUCUUAGAGAUUGUCUGUUCUAGCAUUUGUAUUAACCACCAUGCUGAACAAAACUGAAGUUCUCUUCACACAUCUGGAGCGCGUCCCAUUUUCAUUUGAUCAUGCCAAUUGUACACAUACGAGAGAUUAUAUUUAUUUUUUAUUGGUACAUCUGUUAAUGUUGCUGUUUGCUUCAUGAAAACUCUUGCUCUCCCUGCGCUGUAAAAAUGCAUUGAAGUUGGAAGCUAGGCUCACAGCACCGUGCAGGAGAGCUCGAGGGUUUCUCACUCGCCAUACUUCCAUCCAUCUGUCUUCUGGGAUGAAUAUCUGUGGAGUUGCAGUAUUUUCUCAUAGUAGGCAAUUUUUGUACAGUUUUAUUAAAAUAAAUUUCACAUGGAUGUCUGACUUUAUCUGCUGCCACAAUUUAGACUGUAGAUACAGUAUAUAUAGAUAUUAUUGUGCAAUGGAAAAUAAAUGUAAAACCAAC